AUGACUGUCUUUGUGGAAAUUUGGAUCCAAGCAAUCACAUCUGUAGACGAAUUAACAAACGACUUUGACAUGGACAUCUAUAUUACAGAGAGAUGGCUGGAUCCUGCGCUCAAUUUCGAGAAUCUUUCGCCUUGUAAAGGUGGGAGAGUUUUUUUUCGUUUUUGUAUGUUAGAGUCAGAGCACAGGUUUUUUUAUGGGGAAAGGGGAUACAUGAAAUGAAA